AUGCGCGCGGGGCCGACCAAAGGCCGACGGCGGAGGCUUCACUUCACUUCACUUCACUUCUGUGCUGACCUGACCGUUCAGUGGUUGUUCCGGCGAACAGAGGAGGAGGAGGAGGAGGGAGAAGCAGCGGGAAGGAAAAGGUUACCUUCAUGAGGGAAAACUCGCGUAAAUAUUUAAUUUGCUUUUGAGGAUCUUCUAAAGAUGUCCUUAAUGAAAGUACCUGUCGUUGAUGUUCACAUCGACAAUUUUAAAGAGAUCUGGCCGUCUAUGCUGCUUGCAGUCAAAACGGCAAGUUUCAUAGCCCUUGAUACUGAACUCAGUGGACUUGGGACACGAAAAGCUUUGCUGGCACAGUCAGUUGAAGAUCGAUACAAAGCAAUAUGCCAGGCUGCCAGAACCCGUUCUGUUCUUUCUCUCGGGAUAGCAAGUUUCAAAGAACUACCAAAUAAACCAGGUACCUACUUGAGCCAAGUGUACAACCUCAUGCUACUGUGCAUGGAUGAAUAUGUAAUUGAGCCACAGUCAGUCCAGUUCCUGGUCCAGCAUGGCUUUGAUUUUAAUAAACAAUAUGCCAAAGGGAUUCCAUAUCAUAAAGGGAAUGACAAGCCCAACGAAUGUCGUGGCCAGAAUAUUAGAGGUCUGUUCCUAGAAAUUAUUCAGUCAAAGAAGCCUUUAAUUCUUCACAAUGGACUAAUAGACGUGGCAUUCCUGUACCAGUCUUUUUAUGCCCAACUACCAGACCAACUUAUGACCUUCAUAGCUGACCUAUCUGAGAUGUUUCCAGCAGGGGUUUAUGAUACCAAAUAUGCCUCAGAAUUUGAGACUCGCUUUGUUUCUUCCUAUUUGGAGUAUGCCUACAAAAAAUGCAGGAGAGAGAAUACCAGAUUAACUGAUGCUAUUGGCAGCCAUCUCUCCAUUGAGUUCUGUAAUUACCAACAGGUAUUUGAAGAUUAUAUUGACUAUCGGUACUGCAACCUCCCAGAGGCCGACAAGGAAGUUACAGAACAGAGCAAAGUGGGAAUAUGUGAACGUUUUUCUGCUUAUGGCUGGUGUCAAAAUGGAAUGAACUGCACGCUGUCACACAAUAUUGACCUCAUCAUUGAUGAAGAUGAACGGAUGAAAGACGUUAAAAGAAAGAGGAAAAAGGCCAGAAGAAGACGGAAACAGUCAUCAGCGGAUAAGAGUGACAACCCUGCCGCACCCGGAUCCUUAGAUAACGUGACUCCCACUGAAGGUCCUCCACGCAAGUUGCUGUGUGGCAGCAGUGAUGAGCAGCCAGAAAUAAUGGACACUGGAGAAUCUCAGGCAAAGCUUUUAUGUGAUGAACAAGCUUCAGAUGGGCAGUGUGGGGAGAAGGAAACGAAAGAUGAUCUCUGUGACGGAACUGAAAUACAGGGGAAUGUUUUAAGUGACAAUAAAAAGGAAAAUAACCCAUAUGAUCAAACCUGCCCAGGAGCUGAAACUGUGGUGGAAAAGAAGAAUAUGGAAAAAUCUGAGGGAGGUACUCACCGUGCAGGCUUUGAUGCUUUCAUGACUGGAUUUAUAAUGGCGUAUAUUUUAAAGUGGAAAAAUAGUGAAAACAGCACAGCUAUGGAUCCCUGGCUCCCUGACUGCCACAAUAAACUUUACCUGAGUGGGAAAUCCAUACCAUUGCAGAUUUGUAAAAGUUCAUUUUCAAAAUCUUCAAAAGCUCACAAAGUGAAGAUUGAGUUAGUUUGGGGCAAACUCUGAGGGCUUGAACAAAGAAAUUUAUGGCAAUUAUUUUUAGAAAUAAAGUUUAAGCAAAUCGUUUGUUUCCCCUCUUGUUUAAAGCAUGUGAUAAAUUUAAGUCUAAAAGGAUACCGAGGAGGCAGAGUACUUUUAAAUAGCUAUAGGCUUUGUGUGAAUGCCAAAAUCGUUUCACUUUGUUUCUUUAAUUUAUGUUGUAAAACAAUGUAAUUGUACAACCUUCAAAAUGGAUUCCGAUAAAGAUUUUAAAUAUCAA